AUGCCUGCCGUCACAUCGAAACCCGUCGAUGAUAUUGACAAUUACGACGCCAACCUCUCAGACGAUCCAUUCGCAAGCCCCGGUCAACCAUCCAAGAAGCGCAAAUCACCCUCCGGCGACGAUGCGCUUGGUCUCGACGCAGAAAUCAAUGUCCAGAAGCGCGUGCGCGCACCGACCAAGAAACUCGACGAAACACUCCUCUUGUCGCCAGCCGGCAUUCCCAAACUGCGAUCACGCGCCAAACACCUUAAACUCAAAGGCAAAGGACAUGAAUGGGGCGACGCGAACAGGCUCCUGGUCUUUUACCAAAAUUGGCUGGAUGAUCUCUACCCAAAGGCACAAUUUCUUGAUGCCCUGGGGAUGGUGGAGAAGUUGGGACACAAGAAGCUCGUCGCGGGUCAAAGAGGCGAAUGGAUCCUAGAAGGAAAACGAAAAGAGAGGGAUGAAGACAGCGACGGCGAAAUGCAAACCAUUGAAGAGUUGGACGCGCAGAUCAACCCGACCUCCAGAGCUAAGACGCCUGUGGGGGAUCGUGGGGUCCCUGGCGAUGCCGAUCUGUACAACGCUACACCGAGUAGGCAUAGAACAGCGCCGGCGGUGAACGAGCCGGAUGAAGAAGACCUGGCCGCAUUAAUGGCAGAGCCAGAGACGCAGGACAAGCCGACCCGAGUACUACCUUCGAGACCACACGAAGAACCCGACGGCGAUGAUCUGGAUGCUUUAAUGGCAGAGGCGGAGAGUCAUGACGCCGGGGGAAAGGGCCCCAACGCCUUCACCCAGAAAGAGCAAAACCAUGACGAAGACGAGGCUGCAAUGCUGGAGAUGGAGGGCUGGUGA